AUGGCCAACAAGCAAGACUUCCCCGUCCAGCUCACCGACAACGAGUGGCGUGCCAAGCUCUCGCCCGAGCAGUUCAGGGUCCUCCGCCAGCAGGGUACUGAGCGCGCCGGCACCGGCGAGUACGACCAGCACUUUGCCGGCAAGGGCGUCUACGAGUGCGCGGGGUGCAACACGCCGCUGUACACGGCCGACAUGAAGUUCAAGUCGGGCUGCGGCUGGCCCGCCUUCUUCGACGCCAUCCCGGGCAAGAUCAAGCAGAACGUCGACCGCUCGUGGGGCAUGGAGCGCAUCGAGAUCGUGUGCAACAACUGCGGCGGUCACCUGGGCCACAUCUUCAAGGGCGAGGGCUAUGACACGCCUACCGACGAGCGCCACUGUACCAAUAGCGCGGCGAUCUCAUUCAACCCGGACUCGGACCUCAAGUACGAGGGCAAGAAGAAGUAG